AUGUCUCUAUUUGCAGUUAUUCAUCUUCAUUCGCAUGUUUCGCCUGUUACAGUGUUCAAUGGAUUGAACUUCUCUAAGUGGCAUGAACAAGUCCAGUUCCACUUAGGUGUGAUGGAUCUUGACUUGGCUCUGCAGAAUGACAAACCUACUGCCAUUACUAAUAAGAGCAAUGAUAAUGAGAAGUCUUUUCAUAAAUCAUGGAAACGCUAUAACAGAUUGAGUCUUAUGUUUAUGCGAAUGACUGUUGCUAACAACAUUAAGAGUACUAUUCCACAAAUAGAAAGUGUCAGGGAAUACCUGAAGUUUGUGGAAGAUCGUUGUCGUUCUGCUGAUAAGUCUCUCUGCUGGUACACUAAUGGCUGA